AAAUAGUAAUUAUGAGCGUUAAAAUUAAGAAAAAAGCCAAAAACGUUGACGCAGACCGAAGAAAAACCUCUUGUAUCCGAUUUUGGGUUCUGAAAUCUAGCUUUUUUGCUUCUUCAAUUCAUUUGUGACAUAAUUCUUUUUCACGGGGUUUGUUGAAUCAAGAGAUGUCGAAUAAUGCAGCAGCAGCAGCAGCAGCAGAAAGGGCAACAAGUGAUAUGCUGAUCGGUCCAGAUUGGGCUAUUAAUAUUGAGCUGUGUGAUCUUAUUAAUAUGGAUCCCGGGCAAGCAAAAGAUGCUCUGAAGAUACUGAAGAAACGGGUCGGGAACAAAAAUCCAAAAAUUCAGCUUCUGGCUCUUUUUGUUUUGGAAACUCUGAGUAAAAACUGUGGAGAGAACGUGUUUCAGCAGAUUGUUGAGCGCGACAUUUUGCAUGACAUGGUUAAAAUCGUAAAGAAAAAGCCAGAUUUAAAUGUCCGGGAAAAGAUUCUUAUCCUGAUUGAUACUUGGCAAGAAGCUUUAGGUGGGCGUGGGGGAAGGUAUCCCCAAUACUAUGAAGCCUACAAUGAACUCAAGUCUGCGGGAGUGGAUUUUCCGCCAAGAGAAGAGAACAGUGUACCACUGUUUACACCACCGCAAACUCACCCUGUUACUUCACAGUAUGAAGAAGCAGCUAUUCAGGCAUCCCUUCAGACUGAGGCUUCUCCUGGACUCAGCUUGUCAGAAAUUGUAAAUGCACAAGGAAUAGCUGAUGUCUUAAUGGACAUGCUUAAUGCCUUGGAUCCCAAGAACCGUGAGGGGGUAAAAGAAGAAUUGAUUGUUGACCUUGUUGAUCAGUGCCGUUCUUACCAAGAACGUGUCAUGACCCUCGUAAACACUACAUCAGACGAAAAGCUUCUAGGUAAGGGUUUGACAUUAAAUGAUACUUUGAUGCGUGUUCUUCGUCUCCAUGAUGAUAUUGCCAAGGGUGUGAGCCCUACUCAGCCUGUUUUGACCGAAAGUUCAGUUGCACCUCUUGUAAAUGUUACUCACGAGGAUGAUGACUCAGAUGAUGAAUUUGGUCAUCUGGCACAUCGGGGACAGAACCGGAACCAAAAUGCUACAAGAACCGCCCCAAUUCUACCACCUCCACCCUCGUCAAAGAGGCCUAUUAGUUAUGAUUCUGGCAUGACGGUUGACUAUCUUAGCGGCGAUACAUACAGCUCUAAAUCAUCAACACCACCGAAACCGGCCUCUCCUCCCCCUCCUUCAGAUGAUUAUAUUAACCCAACUGCUUCACUUUUCGCUGCUGAACGCGCAUAUCCUAAACCCUUAUAUCCUGAAUCCUCAUAUCCCGAACCCACAUAUCCUGAACCGACAUAUCCUCAACCCACAUAUGCUGAACCCACUUAUGUCAUCCCACCACCGCCAGCAAAACAUAGCCAUAGACAGAAUUUCUUUGACCAGAAUCAGACUUCACAUUCUAGCAGCGGUUCUUAUGACAGCUUGACUGGCCAGACCCGAAAUCUUUCCCUUGAUUCCAAAACGCCACCCAAAAAGGAAAAACCUGAAGAUGCAUUGUUUAAAGAUCUCGUGGAUUUUGCAAAAGCCAAAUCGUCAACAUCUUCAUCUUCAUACCCGAAUAGAUCAUUUUGAAUUGAUUGGACUGGUAUAGUUGUUUGAAGUAUAAAUCAUUUAGUUUAUGUUUAAUUAUCGUGUUUUGUAGGUAGAAUGAUCUGUGUUAUGGAAUAAUGUCAACUGGUGUGUUGUUUUGUUUUGCUGUUGUGACUUGGUUUUUGUGAGUAUGUAAAUGUACUUUUUAUUGUUGUCU